AUGAGUUUGAGGUUAAGAUGUUGGCGAUAUAACGUAAGGGAGAUCACUCUCGUUCUCUAGUUAUCAACAUGUGUCCGGUAUGGCGGUGUCCUAUGUAGACAAACCAAAGCUUAUUGUAUUUGACUUAGAUUAUACUUUGUGGCCUUUCUGGGUUGACACACAUGUUUCUCCGCCUUUUGAACUAAGGAAGGAUAAAGUAUAUGAUUCCCUUGGAGACCAUGUGACACAUUUCCCUGAAGUUCCAGAGGUGUUGCAGUCCCUUCAAAAUGAAGGUUAUAAGCUUGGUGUUGCUUCCAGAACAGGUGCAAUAAAAAGUGCAAAGCAGUUGAUGGAUUUAUUUAACUGGAGUAAAUAUUUUGAAUUUUCUGAGAUUUAUCCUGGAGAUAAAACAAUUCAUUUUUCCCAGUUUCAUAAACACAGCAACAUCCCAUAUGAAGAUAUGUUAUUCUUUGAUGAUGAAGGGAGGAAUGUAACAGCUGUUGGUAACAUAGGUGUAACAGCAAUUCAUGUACAUAAGAAUACUGGAGUUACUAAAGAAGUGAUGGAAGAAGGACUAAAAAAAUUUGCUGAAAACAAGAAAAAAGCUGCAUCCUAGCCUUUUAUGGAAAUCUUCUGUAACUGUUUCUAUUAUUUAAUGUUAGACUUUUGCAAAAUCCUUUCAUCCUCUGUUUUUAUACAAAAAAUGAAGGUUUACUAUAGCACAUAUUGUUAUAUACAUGUUGCAUUCAAAUUUGAAUUUUGCCUGGAUGAAAAUGGCUGAAGUUUAAAACCAACCUGAUCAGACCUUAACAUAUGUUUUCAGUUUUUAUGAAAUAUUUAUUAUGUAAAAGAAUAAAUUUAACUUUUAAAAUGCAAUGAACUCAUUUGUUUUUGUACUUAUCUUCUUGAAAGCAAUAGAAUAUUUUAAACUAUAUUUUUGUAGUUUAUCAUGGAAACAUUUUAAUGUCUCAGUACUUUUAGUCCUUGUGAAUACACUGUGUUUGUUUCUUAUUCUUUUCCUUUUAGCUGCUGAAAAUCAAACAAUACAUGGCUAAAUAUAUUAUGGGCAUCUAUAAUCUCAGUAUAUCUGAUCUACCUCAGGCUUUAGCUAAGAGUGCUGUUAAAACAUUGUUUUUUUCAGAUCUUUCAUUAUUGGCCUUAAAAUGCUUCCUGCAAGAAGGAUUGAUUGACUGUGAAGAUUUACAAUGUUGCAAAAUAUGUUAUGUUGAUUUUAACAACUUAUUACCAA